CAGAGAGGAGCCUGGAUGAGAGACAGAACAGAAGAGAGCUGUCAAGCUACGAGGAGGCAGCGGAGAGAAGACUUGUUUUUUUUCUAGGAAUACAUUUACUCUGUAUGUCAGAAGCUCAGAAACCUAUAAACUUGAUAAUGUGUGUGCGAGUGCUGCUGAUACCUCUUUAUAAGUAGAGAUUAUGAGAAAAUGAUCUCUGGAGUUACUCCAGUCUGACUUACUUGGAUCUUUAUAACUUGGAUUUACGCUAUAAUCAGAUUGAAAUACGUAUUUUUUCUUUUUUUUUUUAAAUUAACAACAGCAACACUUUGGUUUCAGGACUUGCCCUGACUGCAACACUGAGAUUUGGACUGCUUUUGCACUUGUUAUAGCCUGAAGGCUGGACUCACACUUAGCUCCUGUAUUUGUUUGUGUGUGUGUGUGAAGAGAAGGAUGUGUUGGCCGGUGACAGCGGUCCUGCUGCUUGCCCACCUCGGGGCCACCUUAACGGGGGCAUGGAGAGCAUCUCAGCCAAGACUGCAGUUCACGCACUCAGAGCUGAUUCAGAAUGGCCGCCUGCUGACGCUGCCCCUAGUGGCUGGUGACCUACACUCCUUGGUGCCCGAUGAAGACGGGAGGCAUCUGUAUGUGGCCAUUAAAGAUAACCUGCUGUCUACCAGUCUGGACGACAUAACACAGAACCCACGCAAGCUGUACUGGCCAGCCAGUCCGGACCGUGUCCAAGAAUGUCUCAUGGCUGGGAAGGAUCUAGAGUUGGAGUGUGCCAACUUCCUGCGAGUUGUGCAGCCUUUUAACCAGACUCACCUGUAUGUGUGUGGCACCGGGGCCUUCAACCCACGCUGUGCUUUCAUAGCGACCAGCAUCUUCCAACGGUCAGAGCACCAGACUCUCUCCUACAGCCAGACAGAGUGUGGGAAGGGGAAAUGUCCGUAUGAUCCAUUCCAGAAAACAGCCUCCGCUGUUGUUGAUGGAGAGCUGUAUGCUGGAAUCACCUCAGACUUCAUGAGCAGGGACUCUGCCUUCUUCCGUAGUCUCGGCAGUCGUCAUGUCAUCCGCACUGAGCAGUAUGACUCCAACUGGCUGCAGAAUGCCCAGUUUGUGCGGGUAGCGCCGCUGUCUGAAACUGAUAACCCAGAGGAUGAUAAGGUCUACGUGUUCUUCACUGAGCGCGCUCAGGAAGCAGAAGGGGCUGCUGGGAAGGUGCUCUACUCCAGGGUGGCACGUGUGUGCAAGAAUGACAUCGGAGGCCAGAGGAGUUUGGUUAAUAAGUGGAGCACUUUCCAGAAAGCUCGUAUGGUGUGUUCAGUCCCUGGACCAGAUGGUCUAGAGACACACUUCAACCAACUGCAGGACAUCUUCAUCCUUCAGGGGAAAGACAAGAAGAACCCUCUGAUCUAUGGUCUGUUUACCACCUCGAGUGAUAUUCUGAAUGGCUCGGCGGUGUGCGUUUAUCGAAUGGAGGAUGUCGUUCGUGCGUUCAAGGGAAAUUUCCUGCACAAGGAGGGGCCUCAGUAUAAGUGGGCAGAAUUUACAGGCAAGGUGCCUUACCCCCGACCUGGAACUUGUCCGAGCAGCACAUACGGAAGCUACAGUUCGACGAGAGAGUAUCCGGACGACGUCAUCUUCUUCAGCAGAACUCACCCGCUACUGCAGGAAAAUGUGCUACCACUGGGAGAGCGCCCCCUCCUUGUCAGAGUUGGAGUCCAUUACAAGUUCAGCAAACUGUUGGUGGACAGAGUGGAGGCCAUCGACAGCACCUACGAUGUUCUGUUCAUCGGCACAGACUCUGGUCUAGUGUUGAAAGCCAUCCACCUGCCCAGAGAACAUGGUCAGAGUCAGGAGGUCACACUGGAGCAACUGCAGGUUUUUCAGCACAAAUCACCUGUGACAGCCAUGACACUCUCAAAGAAAAAGUGGUUGUUUGUGGGCUCCAGGGAGGGAGUGUCUCAGCUGGCCCUGUACCAGUGUGAGCUGUACGGUCAGGCCUGCGCUGAGUGCUGCCUGGCCAGAGAUCCAUACUGCACUUGGGACGGCCACGCCUGCAGCCCCUACAUGCCCACUGUGCGCAGGAGGAAUGCUCGUCAUUUAGGGGAGGAGGAGGAUCCACUAACUCAGUGUGUCAGGCAGGGAGCUGUGCUGCAGGUGGAGGCGGAGCAGAGAGUGAUGAUGGUUGCCGAGGGAAACAGCACCUACCUGGAGUGUCUGCCUCGAUCCCGGCACGCUGCCGUUACCUGGUACAAACAGGCUGGAGAGAACAGUCCUGAACUAAACCAGGUGGUAACCGGUGACCAGCUGGUGGUCAUUGAGCGGGGCGUCCUGAUUCGUCGAGCAGAGUUGUCUCACGGCGGUGUUUACCACUGCCAGGUCGAGGAGCAUGGCUACCACUGGACCGCCGUCACCGUCCGCCUCGCCGUGUGGAGCCAGUCGGCCAAUCACCUCCUUUCUUCGUGGUCCAGCUCAUCCCAUCAGAGCAGGGGAACGCAGCCGUGGUACGAGGACGUGAUGACGUUGAUUCACCCGGGAAACCUCGGCCAGCACUGCAGGGCUCUGGGAUACCGCCCUCCGCGCAACCACCGUCGCCAUGGUGACAUCAUGGUGGAGCCAGCCAAGGAGAAAGAGAGAGGGGAGAGGCACAAGCACGGAGGAGGAGGAGGAGGAGGAGGAGGAGGAGGGGGAGGGAGAGCAGCAGGGAGGAAGAGCAGGAGCAAGCACCAGCAGAGAGCGCCAAGGAGCGCUUGAAUGUUUCGCUGAGCAGGAGACGCACACACACAUUCAUGUUAACAUAUACAAUACUACACACACACACACACACACCUACACUUAAUUUAUACACUGAGACACACACAUACUGUAUGUACAGAGACUACGACAGACGCAUGCACUUAUCUACCAAGAAAAAAGGCAUAAUUUCAUCAUGGUGUGAAACUUUGAAACUAAGCUACUAAACGAACUGAAGUAUGUACAGGUGGAUGUGAAUAGCGGUUUGACCUGGACACGGACUUUGUAAAUAAAUACAAGUAAGGCGUAAAGGUUGUAGAGCAUGCUGAAUGGAUCAUGAACCGCAUUUCCACAUCACUCACUUUUGUCUGACUGUGUCGUGACAAGGACAAUUUAAAGGAAUGUUUUGGAUUUGGAUUCUUUCCAGAGAGAGAAAAAAAAGGUUAGCAUAAAAAAACAAAACACAAACCCUAAUGAAUAAUUGCUGUCUUUAAAGGACUACCAUUAUUUUUUGUGUAUGUCUUUGCCAAUUAGUUACAAAUCACACACAGCCAACUGUUCUCCCAAACAGACCAGAUGUUUUUAGAUUGAUUUUCAACUUUCACGCAAACACUGGUUUCCAUUACGUUCAGGAGGUUUAAAAAGAAAAAAAAAACAGAAAUUCCUUGUGUGGAAACUUGAGAGAAAAUGCUUGAGCAGUUAUGAAAUGUUACUCUGCAAUGCAGUAAUGUUUCAAGGACACUUGAGUCAGUGGAGAGUUGACUGCUCAAGAGCCUUUUCAAUAAAGAGCUAUAGUGUUGGAGAUAAACAAUCAGAGCCCCCCCCACCACCUAAGAAGAUGAGUGAGUGAGUUAGUGAGGAUAAAAAGAAGUAUGCGUGCACAGGAUUUUGGUUGUCGUUUGGCAUCACUGAUACAAGUAUCUAAUAUUCUCUGUGAUGAGUGUUUAAAAAAAAAAUGUGCAUUCUUUUUUGGAAAAUGAUUGAUAAUCAAAAGGCGCCACACAGCAGCACAGCACUGACUUGACUUUUAUGCAGUUUGUCCCCGACGAACAUGUAACAAUGUCGUAGUUCACCUAAAGCGAGCGCUUUGUUGACUUUCUCAGAUGGGCGGAGUCUGACCACAAUAUGAGUGACUGACCACAGCCGCUGAGAUGAAAGACGGAGAGCUACAGCGACUGCUUUGAGGAGGUUACGGAUCAACUUUCCCAGGUCAUUAGUGUUCUGUGUUGCAGAAGAGAUGUUUCCAUUAUGUUCCCUCUCAACAUCUUGGUACAGUUUAGUUAGCUGUUCAGUGCAGGUGUGGGGGGGGUGGUGUGAGUAAGCAAAGCUUUUGCUGUGCUUUGUCAAUCCUAUUUUGAGUGUUCGCUUUGUUUUCCCCACACGUGGAUGCGAGUACAGUGGACAGAUUUAGGAAACAUGUUCAUGUUUAUUUUCUUUACAAACAGAAGGAACGCCUGCACAUCAUCUCCAGUCUACGGAGAGAUCAAUAAAUCUCACGUUGCUGUUACGUCAUGAGGCACAAAUAGACCUUUAACUCAAAAUAGGUCAGAUACAGGUUUGGUACAACGUCAUGUGGUGACGCGCCACAUGACGGUUUUUUUUUUGUUAUUUGUAGUGUUGAAUUCACGUUUGCACCAAGUAAAAUCUGAAAGUUAAUUUAUGUAACUUGGUGGUGACAGUUCACUCAUCACAUUCAAUCACUGGUUAAAGAUGAUUGACCUGGACGUGUUUCAAACUGAACUGCUAAAGGAACAAAGAAGAGCACACAUGUUUUCAAGCUAUGGCUCAGGACCCAAAAAAUAGGCCAGUAGUGAGCAUCGGGAGGUACGCCGGUGCAGGCUGUGCUGCUCGCUGACAUCUCGCUGUGAACUCUGAAGCAGGCCUGCUGUGUCAUAUAAAGAAAGCUUUACCACAUAAAGCUGGAACUUGAGAAAGUGGCGUCAAGAGGAUCAGAGCGGCUUCAGUGACUUUGCAAAGGCAGUAAAUUGUGAAUUGUGCUUGAUGUUAAAAUGUUAAAACUAACACCGCUUGUUCCAUCUCUAUUUAACGUUCUGCUGCUUUGUGUGGUAUUUAUUUGUUUCAUGUGCAGUGGAAAUACUUGUUUCAGUUUUUGGGAAACGCUUGAAGCUCCCCCGUCAGGUCACAAACUACAGUAAACACUUAACACGGGAGUGUGUUUGCAGGUCUCUCUCUUUGUAGAUCUUUGAAUGCAUUCUUUCUCCUGUGUCUGUGGACAGCCAGGGAAUCUAGUUAAAAACUAAAUGGGCUGUAAAGUGUGGGAACUCAAAUUUGAUUCUUUGUUCUUCUGCUUCUCAAGACAACAGACACAAACUUUUGUUGUGUCGGACGAUGUAGGAAGAAGAGGAGGAGAAAGCCACACAGUCUGACUGUAUUAAAACAUUUCUCUAGUUCAGUCCAAUAAUAACAGCUUCUCGCAUAUUUAUAUAUUGAUUUUAGUCCCACUUGAUGUAUAUGAUCCCAGUUCUUUUGCUGUUCUGGCUGGUGGGCCAACAAAAUGGAUGAUUAGGGUUGACCUGGUUUAAAAUCAGGGCCAGAAUGAGGUUUAGGAUUGUGGUUACACUUUGAUUUGUAGGAGAUUGGGUUAUGGUUAUGGAAAGCAUUAUGUCAAUGUCACUAAUGGUCCCUCUUGAGAGGUGCGUGCGUGCGUGUGUGUGUGUGUGUGCAUGUGCAUGUGGGAAUGGAUUUGGGACACACUGGAUGCUGUGGAAAAACAAACCAAAAUGUCUCUUAAAUGAGAGAAAAGAGUUAACGUGGGCUUGGCUCCUCGAGUUUAACCACAUGAAAGACCUGACUCUCGCUGGGCUACUUCUGAACGAGAGUGUUUCAAACGCAAAGGAAAGUGGGUUUAUGUGUGAGCACGUGACUCUGAGGAAUUGCAGUGGUGAAAAUGUCAGAUGUAGAAAAAAAAAAAACCUAGGAUGUAUGGGGUUAAUAUAAUGUGUUCUCAAGUUGCUGUCAGUGCUGUUAACAGAGCUGCAAUACAGUCAUGUUUCCUGGUGUUAACAACAUAAAUAGAGCACAUGAGUCACCGUGUGAGGGUCCAAGACUCGUCUGUACAUCAAACAGCCUUCUUGUCUUUCUUAAAAACUGAAACAAGGAGCCGGAUGUUCAUGUUAAAAGUGAAAUGAUCAUCGGCUGAUGACCUGGCUUGUAACGCUUAAACAUCCUUUCAUUUUUCCAUCGUUUCGACUAACGUCACAUGCAAUUUCUUCAUGCUACGAAUGUUUUCACAGCAUUCUGUCAGACAAGGCAGUGGGCACUUGGAGCUAUAUCACUUAUAUUGGGGAAAUGAAUAAAGUCACACAAACAAAUGUCAUGCGCUUGGUCUCCAUCGUCAAUUUUGAAUGUAAAUAGACGCCCAAGUGAAUUGAAUUUGAAGUACGUCGCCAGCGAGUUCCACUUCUGUCUCCACGCUCCCAUUUGGCAUGAACUAAAUCCAACAAGCUAAAAGAAAAAUAAUGGAGUCUGUGUGCACUCCAGCUUGUGGAUAUUGUGUAUAUACUGUAUUUGUUUAAAGUGUGUAUAUAUACGUGUAUGUGUUAAAUCUAACGCCACACGUGUAGGGUCGAGGCAGAACUACACGGCAUUUUUAUGGUAGACCAUUUGAACGUUUAAUGUUUCCUUGGAAAGACGCGGUGCGGAGUUGCUUCUCAUUCGUUACAAUGGCCUUGUGUGUGUUUCACUCUGUAGUGUUGUAUUUACGACUCGGUGCCAAUAUUAGUCUCUUGUGAUUUUUCCAGUGCAAGCUCUUUGCAGACGGAAUGAAACUGUCGUCAAAUGAUUUCCUCUCUUGUGCAGAGACUUUGUUCCUCUCUAAGUAAAUAUGUAUCGGUCUGCUUUCAAAACAUUA